AUGGAAAUUUGUCCAGCGCCGGUAACGCGAUCGGAAAUUCCCCAUUCAAUAAUUACGAUAAGAAAUACUAUUUGCUUAGGUCAUGAAGACACAUGUAAUUGUUGCUGUUGCUCUAAUCCUCAGCCAGCGUACCUCAAAUAUGUUCAACCUUCCGUUCCAAAAUCAUUCAAACCCGUCCGAUAUUAUUGGUGCAAUGACAUACCGUUUGAAGCUGAUACAACCUAUAAAUUGUCCUUUUUAGACGGACCAACACCAAGUGGAAAUUCAGUCAAGCCGGUACUUCCAGAAGAUUCUCUAACAGUUGGCGAUGGAAAAUUAAAUGACGAAACAAUUCAUAAACUAAGUUAUUUAGGUAAUUGGUCUGUGAAACGAGAAAUUCCGAAUGAAUCAGGGCCGUGGAGAGCAGUUCAACAAUGGCUAGGCAGAGGACCAAUCCAAGAUAAUACAACAAGCAAAGAUGCUUAUACAUGGAAGUGUAUUGCACGAUCUAAACCUUUCAAAGCGUCAACCAACUUACGUUGUCCUUGUGCAUCUAUAGAUGAUAAAACAACCUAUAAGUUAAGCUAUUACGAAUCAGGCUGUCGCAUUCCAGUACCAGAAUCUUUUAAACCAAAGAAAAUAUAUACCAAGAGUGACGUUCCGAUGGAUGAAAAAACUACUUACAAGCUCAGUUAUUGGCCUUACGAAACACCGUCCAAGGAAAUCCAUCCGUGGAAUCAAAAAGUACAGUAUCAAGUGCCAUCAACUCCGCUUGAUGACACCACGGUUUAUAACUUAAGUUAUUGGCCGAAUAAUCAACGCGUCAGAAAACCGUUCAGUCACUCUGCAAAACAGACGAAAAAUUUAUUAAAUAUUGGAGAAGGUUUUGAUGAAAAAACUACUUAUAAACUCAGUUAUUUCGCUUGCGGAGAUAACGUUCAGAGGAAGCCAAUUAGACCUAUCGCGAGACCUAGCGAAUUUUCUAAAGGUCCAUUGAAUGAUGAUACUGUUCAUAAGCUGAGUUAUUUGGGAAAUUACGGAGUGAAACCAGAAGAACCAAUACUACCGAGCUCUUCUAUAGAAGAUUGGUUAGAAAGUGGACCAAUGCAAAAAUUAACGACACAAAAGAAAGAUUUUUCAUGGAAGUGCAGUGAACCUGGACCAACAGCUUCAAAGCCAGAGGAUAAUCUCGGCUUUUCAUCUCUACCUCUUGAAUGUUGCACCACGCAUAAAUUAUCAUACUAUCCCAACGAUCUUCAAGGGUUGAUAAGAAGCAAAUCAUUCAAGCCCCCCAUAGACAAUAGGUACCGGCCGCCUGAUGUUCCGUUCGAAGAAGCUACAACUAUGCGACUGAGUUAUCAGCCCGUAGAUUGCUUACCGCGCGAAAAACCGUGGGCUCAGAGAAUUGAGUAUCACCCACCGCUCACGCUUAUGGAAGACAAUACCAUUUACAAUCAAAGUUACAUUCCUCCGGGUACUUUGGAGGCAUUGCCGUGUGACCAACCCUGUCCUCAAUUGCUGUCAGACAUGGGUCAAGAUACGUGUAAUGCAUAUCCACAAAGUUAUUGUAUAGCAGAAUGUUCGUCUUGAAGGCAAUGAAAUGUAUUUUUCAAAUAUUUAGUGUUGUUUAUUAGCACUUAAUAUUUUAUAUUUAAAUAAUUGACAUUUUUUAUGAUAAAUAAAAUUUUAACGAAUUGAAAAAAAAAAAUAAAUAAAUAAAAUAAGCGAUUUUGAGAGAAAGCAAGGCGAACAUUGGAUAUUUAACGGUCUUAAAAGCAUUUCGUAACAAAGGGUGAAAAAAAGAAUGCAAAAAGAAUGAGUCUUUGAGCAAAUCGAAUUGCGAUGAGGCGGCAGACUUUAAGUUGCUAAACUAUAUAUUAUUAUCGGAGGAUCGGUGCAGAAAAAAAUAUAAAUAUAAAUACUAUGGAAGUACAAUCAGUCGCCCUGGGUGAAUAUCAAAGAUCCCGAAGAUCACUCAUUUAUGUCAGCUUCUGAAUUCCAUGGAUCCACAUUUACGAAGGCCAUGUGAAAGUAACGGUCGCUUCCUCGCACUUAGCUUAAUUCCCCUGGUGCAAGUAUCUUCAACAUCGCAUCGUCUUUACUCUUACGAAAUAUCAUUACAUAUAUUACGAGCAAGCCGACGACGACUAUUAUGGUGUGACCAAGUGUACUGAACCUUUGUGGAAAGGUGGAUAUGAUUUAUAUAUAUGGUACUCGAUUAUGAGACCAUUUACUGGGGCUUCAGAAUAUUCUUGUAUCAUCACCGUUACUGAGUUAAUUAAUUCUAUCGAAAUGUCUUCACGUUAUUUCCAUAAUUUAUUUUCUGUUAAUACUUAACACUUGUACGUGACAAAAAAUAAAUCUUUUUUAAA